AUGGUUGAAAAGGAAGACCUGGCUUUGAAUCUAACCUUGAGCUUCUUUCACAAACCUCACCCGCUCAAUCUCAUCUCUUCUUCAGAUCGAAACUCUAACACAUGCAGAAACGAAGACGGACGAUUCCUACGAGGAAUCGACGUGAAUCGCUUGCCAUCUACAGUUAUCGAACACGAAGAAGAAGAAACCGGAGUUUCAUCUCCGAACAGCACAGUUUCAAGUAUCAGCGGAAAACGAAGCGAGAGAGAAGAUCACGACGUGGACAAUAGAGGAAAUAUCAGUGACGACGAAGACGCUGAAACCGCUAGGAAAAAACUUAGACUCUCUAAAAACCAAUCAGCUAUUCUUGAAGAAACUUUCAAACAACACAAUACCCUUAAUCCCAAGCAAAAGUUGGCACUUGCAAAGCAACUUGGGCUUCGUCCUAGACAAGUUGAAGUUUGGUUUCAGAAUAGAAGAGCUAGGACAAAGCUGAAGCAAACGGAGGUUGAUUGUGAAGUGUUGAAAAGGUGUUGUGAAAAUCUAACGGAUGAAAAUAGAAGACUACAUAAGGAAGUUCAAGAGCUUAGGGCACUGAAACUUUCCCCUCAAUUUUAUAUGCAAAUGACUCAACCAACUACUCUUACUAUGUGCCCUUCUUGUGAGCGCGUGGCUGUUCCAUCCAACGGUGUUGAUGCUAUCGGUCAGGCCCAUCAUCGGGCCGUACAUAUGGGCCCGUGGGCUUCCGCUGCUACUCCAGCGCAUAGGAUGUUUGAUGUUUUCCGUCAAUGA